AGUGUUAUUUGUCCGUGUUACAAGCAGCAACUAAUCGGCAAGCUAGCUAACUAAUGGGGGUUGCGAGACAUUGACAUUGGCUUAAUCAACUGACAAAAGCCUUUAUGCACCAAAGACGGGCAAUAGGAUUACGCCACCCAUUUUGGUAUUUUAUGACAAGCUAUAGCUAGCUAUACAUUUUUUUUUUUAGCUAUUGUUGUUGUUGUUGUUGUGUUGUUGGCUCGCUAACUUGUGUAGCUGAAUUAGCAAACUACUACUAGCUAUUGUUGUUACAACAGAUUACAUUAAGUCACCAUACGGAGGCAGGUCAUGGUGACUCGUACACAGAAAAAGAUGAUAAAAUACGUGGAAGAGGGCAGUUUAAUGAAGCUGAAGUCCUACUUGCGGAAACACUCCGAUCUCGACGUCAACUUCUCCCAGGGGAAAAAGCGCAGGACUCCCCUGCACCUGGCCUGCUCGCUUGGUGAUGACGCCAUCCUCCGGCUUUUGUUGAAGCAUGGAGCCGACAUCCUUCUGAAAGACAAGAAAGGGGACACACCUCUACACAUCGCUGCUAACAAGGCUCUGAAACAUGGCAAAAGAGUAUAUGAUGACCUCGUAGUGCCCCUUCAAAAGAGUUGCCCAGAUGCCAUGGUUGCACCAAAUAAUGCAGGAAUUACACCUCAUGACCUACUGCAAUGGAUGAAAUUUGAGAAGACUGCACCGAAGGGGAACACUUCUAAAGAAAAAGACGCUGAGAAAGAGUGGCAAGAGAAGCUCUUUGGGGAAUGCCAGGAUGAGUUCUUUGAAACCUUUGGACAAUAUGAUGCAGAUUAUUUAUUUGAGGAGGAUGCCGAUGAGGAGGACUUUCAAGACUGGGCAGAUAGAAUUAGACAAGAGUAUGUCACAAAACGGCAUGCAGAAGCUCAAAGACUGGCAUCCUCAGGCUCUCAUGGGAAGAGGAAGAAAGGGAAGAAAGAGGCAGAGGAGGAGGAGCGGGCUAACAGAGAGCUGCAUGAGAGGCUACAGAGGGAGCAUGAAGAGUACCUGGCGCGUGCCGCACGGAAAGAAGAGGAGACACGUCAGGGGAAGAAGCAGUGCUACGAGGAGCGAUGUGCAGCUACCUUUAGCACUGACACUGCAGCAGCAGUCACCACAAAGCUGAGUUAUGGGGACAUCCCCUGGCCGGCACCGAAGGGUUCAGUGGAGGAGAUGGUGGAGGUGAUGUUGCAUGGCGCAGACAAGAAAGAUGUUCCAGUGUUCCGUAAACUGCUCCGGCGCCAGCAGGCUGUUUGGCACCCAGAUAGGUUUGCCCAGCGCUGUGGGGCUCGGCUGGAGGAGGGAGACAAGCAGAGGAUCCUGGACACUGUCACUGCUCUCUCACAGGAGCUCAAUAGACUGGCUCAGAGCCUCAGGUGACAGUCAGAUUGGAAAGGGUCUUCUGAGAUGUCAACAGUCUGUCAUUUAGCCACAACUAUUGCCCUGCAUAUACAGGACUGGCCAUCUUUCCUGUGGAGGUCAGUCGUUUUAACCUGUCAAAACAAAUCUCCACUUGAAGCACCUCAUUUCUUGGAUAAACUUGGCUAAGCUUCUUAAAUGGUAACUUAGUCUUGUCACCAUGCCAAAGUGUUAAGUGAAUGACAUAUUUCUCUGACUGUUGUGUACUUCUUGGCACUACUAUAGGACUUUAUGGAAGAGAUGAUGUUGCUAGAGAAAAUAAAUAUUUACAGUGCCUUGUGAAAGUAUUCAUGCCAUGACAGUUUUCAUUUCUCAAAUUGAUUAAAAACAAAUAACCUGUGAAUUCUUGAUUGCUUAAGUAUUGCUUGAAUCAAUACUUGGCAGAAGCACAUUUGGCAGAAAACUGCCAUUAAACUUUAUGCACACCUUUGUGCAACAUUUAUCCAUUCUUGGAAAAAGUUGUGCUGAGUUAGUUAGGGAUCAUUGAUGGACACUGGACAUCAAUCUUCAUGUUUUAUCACUGAUUUACAAACUGUCAGAACUGAGAAUAUUUGUACCCUCAAAUAAAUGUUAAAACAAGUUGUGUAAA